CUCGUGAGGAUUUAUGAUGAGAUCGCUUCCUUUUUAGCAUCAAGUCGCUGCAAGACAUCACAGGCUCCAGAAACAUUCAGCACCACGGUGUAGUUCUUUCCUUCACAGUGCAGCAAGUGAUGCUGCGGGGAAGCUUCUGUUUCAAGGGAAAAGUCACAUUUUACAAAUCUUUAUGCUCAGAUCCCAGCCCCAGGUCACAGCUGGGGUGAACUGGAAUCAGGGACAAGGUUUCAAAAGAACUUAAGAGGAAAAAGCACCCACCAAACAUUUGAAACAAAGGAAACUUUGAAGCAGUUGUAUUUUUUUUUUUUUAAGGCAAGUGAAAGAAGUGCCUGACAAGGGGAUCUGGAGAGCAAAGCCUUCUUAGUGCCAGCUGCACAGCGCACAAUUAACAGGGAUCAAGAAAGUCAACUAAUGCUUCACAGGACCAGCCGUUCAUCAGUGAGGAGUACCCCAAGAGAGGGAAUUGCUGCUGGGAAUUCAGCCUGAUGUCAGAGAAGUCACUGCUGCUUUUGGUGGCUCUGGAUCCUAUUUAACGCUGGAUUUGCAUGCAUCACCCUGGAGAAAAAAAAUCACCUGGAAAUCUGUUGUGCCUUCCUUUCUCUGAAGUGGUUGGUCCUCUUUGUCUGGUUUACAGUACGGGGUUGCAUGAAAGAGGGAGACUCUCUUUUGCUAUGCACAUGAGGCUUGCACGCUACUCUUCCAAGAAAAUUCAGGCAACCUUAUAAACUCAUCCCAAGCGACCAGCUCGGUUUGCACAGAUGACCCAUUGUGCUGCGUAAGCUCAGGUGAACUGGGAGAGCAAGUGCCAGAACAAGAGGUAUCUGUCUCGUUUUCUGCUUACUGUUUGUGGGGGAAAUGGUGUAAAUGCGAUCUAGGAAGCCUGAAAGAAGCACAUUUACUGAGCCAUGCGAGUGAAUUGAAUUAGCUGCUUUUCCCUCCGCGCAGAAUGCAGCUGGGUUUCAGCCUGUUACAAAUGGGAACGGUCCCUUUCCCCACCAGGGAUUGACUGCUGUGGGCUCUUUUCUAUUACACCUACUGUGGAGGAAAUUUAAGCAAGAACAUGUAUAGUGAAUUGUUAAAUUCAACCAGUGCCACCGAAGCCCACCUAAUCAUACAGACCAACACCCCCUACCUGAGCAGCACGCAGAGACCAGUGAGCUCCUCAGCCUUUUACAUGUCAACUGCCAGGGUCUUAAAAGAAGGGGAAAUAAAUAAGCCAGAUCUGGUGACAUAUAUAGUCCUGUUUUUCUUCCUGCUCUUGACUGUGACAAUAAUUGUGCUUUUUAUUAACUGUCAGCUGAAAAAUUCUUUCUUUGCGACUCUGCCUUAUGACAGAUCACUCAGAGAAGCAAGGAGCCCGUGGAAAACGCAAGCUGUCUAAUACUAGAAGGGGGAGGCAUUGUCAAACGCAGCUCUGCUUUGAUAGUAGCAUGAACCUGCAAACCUGUGCAAUACAAUGCUAUUUCCUUCCAUCACCGGGUGUGUGCAACCCCCCUUAAAUAGUAGUCUGUGUCUUGGGAGGAAAAAAAAAUAAAGUUUUGGCAGGAACAAAAGAAAUACAAAAAAGUUGUACCUUUAUACGUGUGGAGGUGAAUAAAGACGUAAUAUGGAUGCAAAAGAUAAAGCAUUAUUUAUAUUGAAUUUAUGUAUGGAGGAGCAUACCCCCCAAAAAGCCCUCCUCCCUGUUCCAUACAGUAGAAACCGCUGUUUAACUCUCUAUGUAUGCAAAUUUCAUCAACGGACCCAUUCAGUCGCUAUACAAGGGUCCUUGCAUUGACAAUAAUCUCUAAUUCAUGCAUCUGGUGAAGCCUCCAGCCUGUGUUUGCAAAAUUCUGGCAUAAAAAUGUACAAAAAAAUGUUAAUAUAUUUACUUAACUGCUCCACUCCGAAGAAAACAGUUUACUUUACAGGCUCAUUUCUCCUCAUUGUUACUAGAAACAUGGCCCAACGUCAUGGAAGAUAAGUCUGAUAAAGGGGAACAAACCAAACAUGUUUACAGUUGUAUUUAUUUAGCCUCUUCCAGUGACAUUUGGCUAGCCAGCAUUCUUGAUGCUCUGUGUACCUCAGUCUGGUUUUAAGUCGACAGUUCUGCUAUAUGAACCACUUAAGAUGGUUAGAGAACUUGGGAUAAACUUUCCAGAGCAACAAAAGCCAGCUGUUGUAACCAAGGUAUCAAGCCAAAGGAAUCAUUUAGGGGGCUGGAAAAAGGAAAAUGCUAGAAAGGCAUGGAAACUUAGGAUGUGAGAACAACGUACGACAACUAGAAGUCGUAAUUAUAUAAGGACUGGUACUUUCAUGCUAUUAUGGUUUUCCUUUGUUCACCGAAUACAUCUGGAAAGAAACAGAAGCAUGUAUCGUUUCAUAAGAAAGGCAGCAUUGUUUAAUCCCACACUCACUGCUGGUGACAAAAUUGAAAUGUCAAAUUAGUUAUCAAUUAGAAUUGAUCAUAAAAAAGAGCUACAUGAAAUGAUCUAAUGGUCUAAACGUGACAACUGACUCGGUUCUUUUCAUGUAGAUCAAUAUAUCAUACUACAGAUCUACCAACUUUAAUAUCAAAAUGCCAAUUUUGCAGAAGAAAACCUGAACAUUGACUAGCAUUCAUUACCCCUCUAAUAAGCAAAGAACCUUUUUUAUCCAGUGGUGCAUCCAGGUCCAGAUCAUAGGUAUGGAUGGAUGUGUAUGUGCCCCUACACAUAAGGCCAAAUUCUGCUUUCAUCUACAGGUGGAACACCAAUGCAAAUAGUUGGGUCCAGCUGGUGUCACAUUUAACAGGAGGACCAGAGUUUCAGUAUAUUAACAAGCAGACUGUGUGUGUGUGUGUGUGUGUGUGUGUGUAGCUUCCUUUACAUCAAAAAGGGAAGCUCUUACACACAGGUCAAAUAUAUGUAACGUAGGUAGAUAUGCGCACAAGCCAAGGGGGUGAGGAACCCGUUCGAAAGUUUCCUUACCUUAAAAGAAAUAUCUCUAUGAGUCACUUACACUUCCAUGCUACCCAAGUAGUUAACACCUCAUCUUUUCAUCAGACAGAUAAGCCAUGCUAUAAUAUACCUAAAUCUGACCUUUUCAGCAAGGGGACCAUUCUGAUCUCACUGAACCCUGUUUCACAAUGGUACAAUUUCAAUGAUUUUUAUUCAAAUAGGAAUACAGAGCGCUGUUUAAGAGCUGUCUUUAGCUUGGCACAUCUAAGCGUAAAUCAGGUCUGAAGAUCAAGUAAUCAAACGAGGCAAUAAAUGGUUUUUAAAUAAGGCGAGCUUGGCUUAAAAUACCAGGAAUACAGAGUCUGGGCUAAGAGUUUCUAUGGACAGAACGAUUAAAUCUUUGGAAAUGUG